CAAACAUUGUGGGUGCACUCCAAGCUAUAAACCAAGUUCAUGUUUUCUUAUCCUCUAAUGGUCAGCUGAGGCAUUUCCGCAAGCACUUCUUAGUUAAUCACCGGAUUUCUUCUCCCAAACUUAUCAGCUGGGUCCAUCGACUAUUCGAACCUAAGCCAAGUAUAGCCAGGCUAUGUCCAGACCUCUUUCUCAGCUCCUACCUCUUCCAGAUCUCUCAUCUGGGGGUAGUGCACAGUUUGGCUCUACCAAUGGAGCGACCAAUGGCCACCUGAGCUCUGUGACUAGUCUGAAGUCUCUUCUCCAGCUUCCCAUCAAAGGAGACGGCAGAGGGAAAGACUGCUGUGAGAUGAUAGACAAAGACAAGCCCUUGGACUCUGAUGAAGACUCGCUUGGUGGAGUUGGAAAUGGCUCCAUGCGGACCCCCUCCCAGGCGACGUUCACGGGCCCAUUACUGUGGGAACGCACCCUACCGUGCGAUGGCAACCUGUUCCAGAGGCAGUUCAUGGAUCUGGAAGAGUUCUUGACAGAGAAUGGCAUGGGGUGCAUGCCAGUGGGGAACAACUCCAGCACCCAGACCCUGAUCCUCUCUCAGAGCACACAGUCUGCCAUGCCCAGCCAAAGUUCCUCACCGUCUCCGGUCUCUUCCUCCGCCUCGUCUAUUUCUUCCUUGUCCUCGUCAUCCUCACCGGCUUCUCUUCUGGGCCUAGACGUGCCGCAGGGCCCGACUUCAGGGAUGCUUGGAGGUCCUGAAUGUCUGCAUGGUGGACAGGCAGUGCAGCAGGACCCCUCACUCAGCUCCAGCUGCCAACCUCCACCCGUACCCAACCCUGGUGCUCCGGCGGCAGACGUCAUGGUAAAUUUUGACCCAGACCCUGCUGACCUAGCCUUGUCAAGUGUGCCUGGCCAGGAGGCAUUCGACCCGCGGCGGCAUCGCUUCUCUGAGGAGGAACUAAAGCCUCAGCCCAUGAUCAAAAAGGCCCGCAAAAUGCUAGUGCCUGAUAAUCAGAAGGACGAAAAAUACUGGAGCCGGCGCGUCAAAAACAACGAGGCCGCCAAACGCUCCCGAGACGCCCGCCGCUUAAAGGAAAACCAGAUAUCCGUCCGCGCCGCAUUCCUCGAACGCGAGAACGCGGCGCUACGCCAGGAGGUGGCCGACAUGCGCAAGGAGCUGGGCCGCUGUCGAAACAUCAUCAACAAGUACGAGAACCGCCACGGAGACUUAUGAAGAGAAAGAAGCGCUUUGAGAAACUGGUAAAUGGAGAAACGGCGUACCAGCAGGUCUGAUGAACUAUUCAGAACUAGAAGUUAGAGUUUUAAACCUAUGAACGAUGGUGUUUCUUGAUGAGUGUGGUGUCUUGCAUGAAUGCAGCAAAUACCUGCUAACAGAUGAGUAGUGUUAGUAAAAGCGAAUGCUCACUAAGUCUACCAGAACCGUCGUCCGUUCUAAACUCUGUGAUACCACGCCAGAUCCUAACUUUUGCUGGACAAAUCAAACUUGUAUACUAUACAUUUUUAAAGUUCAAAACGAGUUCGUGCAGUGUUGCUCAGAUCUUAUGAACAUUCCUUCAUUAUUGUGGCUUUUCAUACAGAGAAGAUUAUACAGGUUAAUAUACACAGGUGUAAUAUUUUCUAUGAUUAAAAAUGACUUGUAUAUUUUUGAACCGGCUACGGAAAGAAAGAGAGAACAGAGAAUGAAAGCACAAAGAGAUUUUGAAAUAGGUAUAUUGUAUAUUUUUAUACUUGCAGAUGCUGACAGGGAGUGAUACGUUGGUAUUGAUUAUUUUCCUCUAUAUUUUGUAUAUGUGUGGGAGUUGUAAAGACAGAGGGCUAUAUGAAGACGUUUUCUGAAAUCAGGUCGACAACUCGAUUACCUACUUUUGAUGUGAGGAACAAUCUGGAUGAUUAGAGGAAUGGAAGAAUACGGUGUAAAUUCAGUAUAAGCGAUGCACAAAGAAACAUUAAUGAACUUUGCUGAAAGGAAUAAUGGUGAACUUUGCUGAAAAAAAGCUAACUAACUUUCAUUUUUAUUGCUUUGGAUUUAAUUACGUCUAAUUCCUUUUUUUCAAUUUCCGCGUUCCGUCUUGAGUUGAACAAAGAAUACAGCGAGAGAGAGAGAGCGAGAGAUAGAAUACACUACAUUGUAUAACAAUAACAGAUGAUUUAAUGUCGAGAUUUCUUAAAGGUAUGUAUUUAAUUGUUUAAAACGCUGAACUGGACCUUGUCUUGCAUGUGCACAGACCAGACUGAUUUUAGGAAAGGCAACACACACACAGAUACACACACAAACGCACAAAACGAAAGCUAUUUCUGCACAGUGUUCCCCUUUUCUUUACUCUAUCUCUUCCUUUGAAAUUCUUCGUUCAGCCUUUUACGAUACUGUAACGUCGUUUUGAUUUUUUUGGACGUUUAUUUGGACGUGAUUUGCAUGGUGGUCGUUUUUCCUUACUAUUUGAUCAGCACGGAAAAAAAUACCCAUAUACUCGCGCAAUCCUUGCACUAACUUUGUUUUUUACUCUUUACUCUUUAUUAUUUCAUAUUGUAAGAGAAAUAUUAUAUUAAUAUUAAUGUUAUUACCUCCACAAUAUACAUUUUAACAGCUAGAAUGCACCCUGAUACUACUGUAAUAAAC